AUGGCAGCCUCAACAGUUGCUCCACCAAUAAUUCUUCGUUCAGUUGAGAAGCACACUUCAACGCUUAUUUUCUUUCACGGAUUGGGAGAUCAAGGAGAUGGCUGGGCAAGUGUUUUUAAAGAAGAAAUGCGAGUGCCGUAUAUAAAAUAUAUUUUCCCAAAUGCCCAAAGUCGGCCAGUAACUCUAAAUUUUGGUAUGCGGAUGCCUGCAUGGUAUGAUAUCCUUGGAUUGACUGCUAACUCUGCAGAGGACGAGCAAGGCAUUGAACUUGCAAAGGAUUAUGUUCAUGGACUGAUUAAUAAAGAAAUUGAAGACGGAAUUUCUCCUAAACGUAUUUCUAUUGGAGGAUUUUCAAUGGGCGCAGCUUUGGCUUUAUAUGCAAGCGGGAUUGACUUUCGACAAACCUCUUGGAUGUAUUAUCUCGUUGAGUGGGAUCACAAAGCAAAUUUGAAAACGCCUGUUUUCCUAGGACAUGGGCAAGACGAUUUUCUUGUUCCUUAUAGCUUUGGUCAACUGACUUAUCAGGAAAUACAUAAAUUUAAUCCAAACGUAACUUUAAUUCCUUAUCAAUGUCAACACGGGACAACUCCACAAGAGCUUGCUGAUACUCUUACUUUUAUUAAAACAAGCAUUCCAGCAGAGGAGAAAAGUUGUGAAAAUAAGGAAAAGGUUAUUUUUCGAUUUUUUAAAUAA